AUGGCGGACCUCAUUUCCAGCUGGUCUAAAGUAGAAACAGUUCCUCCUAGCCAUUGUAUUCCCUUGCAUGAAAGACCACUGGAUCCAGUUCCAAUUGCUAAGGAAAUUCCAGUCAUUAAUUUGGAAAAAGCUAAGGGCGAAGAACGUGCUGUUAUUGUUCAACAACUUCGUAAAGCUUGUGAAGAAUAUGGUUUCUUUCAGAUAAUCAGUCAUGGAGUACCGGAAGAUCUAAUGAAGGAGGCAAUGAAAGUGUAUCGGGAAUUCUUCAGUUUGCCGGUGGAAGAGAAAGCGAAUUACGCGAAAGAAGCAACAAAUAAUACAUCAAGAGGUGCAGCAACACUGUAUAGUAGCAAUGCCAAGCAUUAUGAUUCAGAGGAGCAUCGUUAUUGGAGGGAUGUAUUAGAACACAGUUGCAAUGUUGACGGGGAAGACAAAAAUACUUGGCCUCAUAACCCUCCAAGAUAUAGGGAGGUAAUUGGUUCAUAUUCUGCUGAAGUGAGAAAGCUGAGCAAGAUUAUCUUGGGUUUAGUAAGUGAAGGAUUAGGGUUGGAGGCAGGUUAUUUUGACAAAGAUCUAAGGCAAAGAAUGCUUGUAAAUCAUUACCCAGCAUGCCCAGAUCCAUGUUUAACUUUGGGAGUUGGUGGACAUUGUGAUCCUAAUCUCAUAAGCAUAAUCCAACAAGACGCAUAUGGCCUUCAAAUAUUAAAGGAUGAGAAAUGGAUUGGUGUAGAACCUAUACCUAAUGCAUUUGUUGUCAAUUCUGGUUUGCCACUGACGGUGAUUAGCAACGGGAAGCUAGCAAGUGUUGCACAUAGAGUAGUGACUAACACAACUCAACCUCGUACAUCCAUUGGUACUUUUAUUUGUCCAGAUGAUAUCGUUGAGCCUGCAAAAUUACUUAUUGAUUCGGGUAAUCCUCCAUUGUUCAAAUCCUUCAAAUGGGGUGAAGAAUUUCUGCCCCAUUACCUCAGCAAGAAAUCAGUGUAUCACGCAGCAUUGGAGCCUUUUAAAAUCGAGGUUUAAGCAUUGUGUGUGUAAUGGA